GCUCAGCAAAACGUGCCGUGAUUGGACAUUUCAAUUUGAAUACAAAAAAAUCUACGCCAAUCAGAAGGGCUCACCAUGCAAUGUGACAGAAGCUGUUCGACUAAUGAGGCAAAAUCGUUGUUUUGUCUGUGUGCACGAGCCGGUUUGUCUCGCGAGACUCGGUAAGUUAGAUUAACUAAGAUGAUGGAUGCUCUGUCUGUGGUGACCCAGCUCCGGGACCUGGCGUCGGAGCCCCAGAACCGGGAGGCAAUAGUCCAGGACCAGGGCUGUCUCCCCGGGCUGGUUCUCUUCCUGGACCACCAGGACCCGCAAGUGCUGUUCGCCACCCUGCAGACUAUGCGCUACCUGGCAGAGUGGCCCCUGAACGUCACCACUAUGAAGAAUGAACUGGGCAUGAUGGUCAGCCUGGUGACCCUGAUGGAGAGGAGUGGUUUGUGUGAUGACAUCAAUACCCUGUCGCGGGAGGUGUAUGGAAUCCUGAGUGCCCCGCCCAGCCCAGAGAAAGAGAGGAGGAGAAACAAACCCCAGUUCUUCCUCAACUCUUCCAAAGGGAAGAACAAGUCUGUCACUCUGCACAUCCAAGGCCUGGACAGCACUGCCCAGCGAGGUGUGUGUGAGGAGGCUCUGCUGAAGGUGAAAGGAGUGAUCAGCUUCACCUUCCAGAUGGCUUCUAAGAGGUGCACCGUUCGCAUCCGCUCUGACCUGCCCACUGAAAGUCUGGCGUCGGCCAUCGCUGCUACCAAGGUGCUGUCAGCCCAACAGGUGGUGAGGAAUGAAGUUGGGGAGGAGGUCCUGCUCCCCCUCAGUGUGUGUGUUGGUAAUGUGAGGGAGGAGAACGUCUCAAUACCAGACUACCUCCCAGAGGACGAGAGUCCCGAGAGCAAGACGGACCGUGCCGUGUCCCGUACCGCAGCCAAGGACAACACCUCUGGCAGCUGGCUCGGCUCAGCAGCCACUUUCCUCACCAGAUCCUUCUACUGGUGAAACUGGGGCCCUCAGGAGCCGGCAUGGCUGUUCUCACAGGGGACACCUGAACUGGGAACACAGCAGAACUGCCCUGAAGUGUACACUAUGGCUGCAUCCCCAUUCUACAACACAUCUCCUGAAGUGUACACUAUGUCUGCAUCCCCAUUCUACAACACAUCUCCUGAAGUGUACACUAUGGCUGCAUCCCCAUUCUACAACACAUCUCCUGAAGUGUACACUAUGUCUGCAUCCCCAUUCUACAACACAUCUCCUGAAGUGUACACUAUGGCUGCAUCCCCAUUCUACAACACAUCUCCUGAAGUGUACACUAUGUCUGCAUCCCCAUUCUACAACACAUCUCCUGAAGUGUACACUAUGUCUGCAUCCCCAUUCUACAACACAUCUCCUGAAGUGUACACUAUGGCUGCAUCCCCAUUCUACAACACAUCUCCUGAAGUGUACACUAUGUCUGCAUCCCCAUUCUACAACACAUCUCCUGAAGUGUACACUAUGGCUGCAUCCCCAUUCUACAACACAUCUCCUGAAGUGUACACUAUGUCUGCAUCCCCAUUCUACAACACAUCUCCUGAAGUGUACACUAUGGCUGCAUCCCCAUUCUACAACACAUCUCCUGAAGUGUACACUAUGUCUGCAUCCCCAUUCUACAA